AUGCAGCCGCAUAGUCGGGAGUACAGCAAAGGAGAUGACGAAGCUGAUGUGAAGUUGUGCGUGACCGCCCUACACGAUACGUGCGGCGUCAUCUACUGCGAGGUCCCAGUGCUGGAUGAAAGUGACUUUGUCUUUGACAAGCUGCAUGGCAAGGAGGUGGACUGCGAGACAGCGGAGCGGGUGAUGAACCGCUGGACUCGGCGUGGUACACAGCAGCAGUAG